GAGUCAAACAUGAAGAUACUGAGACACAAACAGACCUGAUGGCACUGAAAGAAGAGAGUCAAGAGCUGAAUAAAAUGGAAGAGAAAGAUCAGUAUGAGAAAUGUCAUGAUUUCAUGGUUGGGGUGAAAUAUUUUAGUUACUCAAAAACUCAUAAAACAGAAACUAGAAACUUUGAAGUCCAGAUGAAAGUUCACACUGGAGAGAGCCCUUUCACCUGCCAACACUGUGGGAAGGGUUUCUCACUAAAAGGAAAUCUUAACAUUCACAUGAAAAUCCAUGCUGGAGAGAAGGCUUUCAUAUGCUCUCAGUGUGGAAAGAGAUUUACACAGAAAAAUACCCUUAAUUCCCACAUGAGAGUUCACACUGGAGAGACGUCUUACACCUGCAAACUGUGUGGGAAGAGCUUCACACGAAAAGAAAAUCUUAAAAUUCACAUGAGAAAACACAACGGAGAGAAGCCUUACACCUGCAAACUGUGUGGGAAGAACUUCACACGAAAAGAAACUCUUAAAAUUCACAUGAGAGUUCACACUGGAGAGAAGCCUUACACCUGCAAACUAUGUGGGAAAAGCUUCACGCAAAAAGAAAAUCUUGAAAUUCACAUGAGAAUUCACACCGGCGAGAAGCCUUUCACCUGCAAACUGUGUGGGAAAAGCUUCACACGAAAAGAAAAUCUUAAAAUUCACAUGAGAGUUCACACUGGAGAGAAGCCAUUCAUAUGCUGUCACUGUGGAAAGCAUUUUAAUCAGAAAAAGUACCUUAAUGCCCACAUGACAAUUCACACUGGAGAGAAGCCGUUUGUUUGUGAUCAGUGUGAAAAGAGUUUCAUAUAUAAAGCACACCUUGAUCUUCACAUGAGGAUUCACUCAGGGGAGAACUGUUUUAUAUGUCACCAGUGUGGAAAGAGUUUCUCACAGAGAGCAAACUUUGAGAAUCACAUGAGAGUUCACACUGGAGAGAAGCCUUUCACCUGCCAAGAGUGUGGAAAGAGCUUCACGGUUAAAGGAAACCUUAAGAUUCACAUGAGAGUUCACACUGGAGAGAAGCCUUUCACCUGCCAAGAGUGUGGAAAGAGCUUCACGGUUAAAGGAAACCUUAAGAUUCACAUGAGAGUUCACACUGGAGAGAAGCCUUACAAGUGUGUUCUGUGUGAAAAGAGUUUCUCAUAUCACACAAACCUGAAACGGCACGAAACGAAAGCUCAUUCUGGAAAGAAAAUCCAAACCUUGCCACACUGAUGAAAAUGGCAAUUUCAACAAUCAUCUGCGCAUUCACUCUGAAGAAAGACAGUUCAGUUGUGAUCUGUCUAAUUAAAACAUCACAUUAACACAUUCAUAUGAAAAAUCAUGUAAAUGUGGGAGCCUGAUUAUGUUCUUUGAUAAACCCUAUUUGGACAGGAUUAGUUUUACAUGGAGUGGUGGGAUAGAGUAAAUAUAACCAGAGCUUCUCAGUGAUUUUAGUCCCAUCUGAAUGUGCCAUCUCAGUAAUCAUUAUGGAUAAUAUCAGUAAAUAUUAAGGUGACUUUUACCUUCAGUAAAAAGGAAAAUUACCUCAGGUAAUGCUAUUCGCGUGCUAAUAGACUAGCUGUAAAUAUUGUGGAAAUGUUACAUCAUUUCUUGUUUAAUUCUGUCACAUGGUUUAGGGUUAUGUUUCAUGUUUAUAUUUUCAUAUCUUUUAUUUUGUAUUUCUCGCUGUCAUGCUUCCUAUUUGUCAUGUGCUUCCCUUACUCGUGUUAUUCUGCCAUAUGCACCCCUUGUGAUUGGGUCAUAUCCUGAUUGGUUGUUCUAGUCAUGUGUUUUAUGUUCUAAUUGGUUCUUUGACUGAUUGUUCACAGGUGUUCCUUGUUUGUCAUUAGUCUGUUAGUAUAAAUAGCCCUCAUGUUCCUAUUGUCUCUUGUCUAGCUUCGUUGCCUGUAACACUGUUGGUGAGUUCUGUGUUUCUGUCCAUGUUUAGUUCAUGUUUACCAAGCCAAGUCUUUGUUUAGUUUGUGUUUAAUUCACAUUUCUGCAAAUAAUACUACACAAGUUCACACUGCAACAUGUCUCCAGUUAACGUUUGUUACAAAAAGUUAGACCGUUAAAAAUGAACCCAGCAGUGCAGCUCUUGCAGCUCUCUUAUACCCCUUUUCCCCAGUGCUAUUGCUGGUUCGGAGUUGGUUCGACUGGCGAGCCUUCUAUGAACCGGUGUACCUUUCCACUGGCUAGAGAGCCACCACAGAGCCAGGUCUUACGGCAUCUGAAUACGUCUCAUUUCCCCUAGCAACGGUAGCGCGGCAGCGCCAAACACAACGGGCUUGUGCAGGAUGCAUCGGCACAAGCGCCACGGGAAUGAUCCAAAAGCAUAAAGAGCCAUCUGUCUUCCAGUCGCUCCCCCGGCACACCGGUGCCACGCACUGACCGGUCCGGCAAGCCAUUCCGAACAAGCCUAAACACCAUCAACAAUGGUGGAUGUUGCGUUGCCAUUGAUGUUCAUGGCAACACAGCGAAUCCAACGUGUUCGUGUUUAGCUGUUAUUUCAAAUAUGGGGGUUAAAAGUAUUUUGUUGGUCACGGUAACCCCGCCCCCAGCCCCUGACACAAGCAGUUCUUACUUCUAGCCCAAUGUUUUGGUGCUACUUUCGAACCACUUUUCCUGGUUCGGAGCUGGUGCUUUGGGUGUCGAAAGACAAAGAACCGAUUUGAAACUUGGCUCUAGCUUCGAACCAGCACCCAAACUGAAUUGGUGGAAAAGGGGUAUCCGAGAGAUCGAUCCCUGGAGAGUUAUGUGGAGGAGCUUUGCGGACUUUGCUGUCACUUACUGACCACUGGAACUAUUUAAUGCCUGAGACCACUGUUGCAUGGAAUCUGGGCCAAAAAAAUGGGCUUUGCCCACUUACUAAGCAGUUCCUCAUUUACUGUGGGAAAUGCAGAUUAGGUACCGUAAUCCUGCAGUACCCACCAUGCCAGAGCCAGUUUACGUCAUGUCUGCCAAACCAGAGACUUCAGCCAACAGAGCAGCCUCUAUGGCUGGAGCCCUAUAAUCCCCCUCAAAAAAAUACUUGGGGAGAAUUACAGGCAUCUUGGCUAAAACGGGGUCAUGAGGGCGCUCUGGAGGUCGCUUUCGAGGAGCGGGCUCUAGAGGCGCGGGCACAGGAGUGCGCUCUGGAGGGGAUUCAGGGACUGGAGACCUCCUUGGGCUAAACACGGGGACAGGAGCCCUCACUGGGUUAAACUCGGGGGCAGGAGCCCUCACUGGGCCAAACUUGGGGGCAGGAGCCCUCUUCGGGCUGGAUUCGGGGGCUGGAGCCCACACUGGAGUGAGCCCUGGGGCUGGAGCCAACACUGGAGCGGGCUCUGGGGAUGGAACAGACACUAGAAGCUUAUGGCAGAGGUUAUGGGGACAAUAGGCUCAGGAAUGGGCUCAGAAUCGAAAACUGGAACAGGUUCAGGAACCCUACUCAUGGCAGCGGACUUGGGAAGUGCUUCCUGUACUGUAAACGGUGAUCCACACAACCUCAGAAUACAUCAAUAUAUUCUUGAAUAGAACCUGGAGUAGCACCUGCUGGAACCUGUUGAUACAGGUGAUCAUCUAGGCCGCACCAGAAAACGGUCUUUAGAGUGUCAUUGUUCCAGGGCACUUGAUGUGAGAGCUCGAGGAACUCCUCUAAAUAGUCCUCAAUCGGGCAAAAUUGUUGUUGCUUUCAGAAAAAAACAAGU